AUGGCCGUGACCGCCAGUUUCCUCCUCUGCUCCAUCCUCCUAAUCGCCGGCCUCCUCUCCGCCGAACCCCAGCAACCACAGUCUCCCCUCAUAACCAUCUUCAACGGCGCCUCAACACAACAACUAGACCUCAUCUACGAACUCCACAAAGCCGAAAUAAUCCCCACCGUCCUCGACGAAUUCAUCCCCCAAUACACCAUCGACGCCACCUGGUCUGAGAAAAAGAACAUCACCGCCGCCUACGGCAACACCCUCCCCGUCUCCGCCACCCAAGAAGCGCCCAAAAUCAAGCUCACCCGCAACCAAAACUCCCAAUUCGUCUCAAACCCCCGCCCCCAACUAACCCUCAUCAUCACCGACCCGGACGCCCCAAGCAGAGAUAAUCCAGAGUGGAGCGAAGUAUGCCACUGGAUCGUCACAUUCCCCACCUCCCGGGCCCCCACAGAACCAAAUGUCGAAAUCGCCACGGAAGGAGAGGACGUGAUGCCGUACAAACCCCCCGGCCCACCGCCUAAGACGGGAAAGCAUAGGUACGUGCUUGUGGCGCUUGCGCCGCUGAACCAGACGACGGAGACGCUGGCUCUUACUCCGCCGGGCGAGAGGAAGCGGUGGGGGUAUGAGAGGGAGCGGACGGGCUUGAGGAGGUGGAUGGGGGAGAUGGGGUUGGGGGUUGUUGGGGCAAACUUCAUCUACGAGCAGGACGAAGAGCAGUGA